GCUGGAAAUGGAACAUUGUAUUUAUGUUGCGGCUAGCCUUAUACAGAAAGUAGGCUAAAGUGUUUUUUUAAUCCAAAUUCCAAAUCCAUAGACAACAAUCCAUCCAUGGCCGAUCUCGUCGCUGUCAAGUCUUUUUAAUUUCUAUUUCAAUUAUGAAGCUCCUUCAAUGAUUUUAAGUGGGUUUAUCGUGUGGAAGUGAUCGUGAGGCGGCGCGGUCUCGGUGAUAGGGCUCGUUGGUCGCCACCAUGUUCAGCGGGACUGUGCGGGUCAAGGUGUGCGAGGCGACGGGCCUUAGGCCGACUGACUUCCAGAAAAGGCAUAACAUGACCUUCGGGAAACCAGACGACCAGCCGAUAGACCCGUACGUCUCCAUCGACGCCGACGAGCACCACCUGGACCGCUCCACCACCAAGCCCAAGACCUUCGACCCCGUGUGGAACGAGACCUUCAUACACGAAGUGCAUAAUGUCACCAGCUUGGGCAUCACAGUGUUCCAUGAUGCUGCCAUUCCGCCUGAUGAUUUUGUUGCAAACUGUACUAUUCCUUUUGAAGACUUGAUACACAGAGAUAAAGAUGCUUCAGACUUUUGGGUGGACCUGGAGCCGCAGGGCAAGCUGCACCUCCGCAUAGAUCUGAAAUGGAGCGCCACACAAGCGGCGGCCGAGCCCCGGUCCACGGCGGGCGCGGCGGCGCGCGGGCGCGAGUUCAAGGAGGGCGCGGGCUUCGCGCGGCGCCGCGGGGCCAUGCGCCGCCGCGUGCACCAGGUCAACGGACACAAGUUCAUGGCCACCUUCCUGCGCCAGCCCACCUUCUGCUCGCACUGCCGCGAGUUCAUAUGGGGUCUCGGCAAGCAGGGCUACCAAUGCCAAGUGUGCACGUGCGUGGUGCACAAGCGCUGCCACUCGUCCGUCGUCACCAAGUGUCCCGGCAUGAAAGAGGAAGUACGGCAACAAAGCGGCGUGGGCGUGUCGGGCGGGCAGCGCUUCAACGUGAACGUGCCGCACCGCUUCGUGGUGCACUCCUACAAGCGGUUCACCUUCUGCGACCACUGCGGCUCGCUGCUCUACGGACUCAUCAAGCAGGGCCUGCAGUGCGAAGUGUGUUCGAUGAACGUGCACAAGCGCUGCCAGAAGAACGUGGCCAACAACUGCGGCAUCAACACCAAGAUGAUGGCCGAGAUCCUCAGCGAGAUGGGCAUCUCGCCCGACAAGAACCCAAGGCCCCGGCCCAGCAAGUACUUGAACACGGCGCUGGAGGGCGCGGGCGACGCGGCCGCCGGCGACAAGGAGGGGCCGGACCAGCAGCAGGACAAAGAGAGCGGUGGCGGCAGCGGCGCGGCGGCGGUGUCGCUGGACGACUUCCACUUCAUCAAGGUGCUGGGCAAGGGCAGCUUCGGCAAGGUCAUGCUGGCGGAGAAGAAGGGCACGGAUGAGGUGUACGCAGUAAAAGUCCUCAAGAAGGACGCGAUAAUCCAGGACGACGACGUGGAAUGCACACUGACCGAGCGGCGGGUACUAGCCCUCGCCGCCCGGCACCCCUUCCUGACCGCCUUGCACAGCGCCUUCCAGACCCGGGAGCGGCUGUUCUUUGUCAUGGAGUACGUGGACGGAGGAGACCUCAUGUUCCAGAUACAGCGGGCCAGGAAGUUCGACGAGCCGAGAGCCAGAUUCUACUCAGCGGAAGUGACCCUCGCGCUGCAGUUCCUGCACUCGCACGGCGUGAUCUACCGCGACCUGAAGCUGGACAACAUUCUGCUGGACAGCGAGGGCCACUGCAAGCUGGCCGACUUCGGCAUGUGCAAGGAGGGCAUCAUCGAUGGCGCCACGACCACUACGUUCUGUGGAACUCCGGAUUAUAUCGCGCCUGAGAUCCUGCAAGAGCUGGAAUACGGUCCCUCAGUGGACUGGUGGGCUCUAGGCGUCCUUCUGUACGAGAUGCUGGCGGGGCAGCCGCCCUUCGAGGCCGACAACGAGGACGAGCUGUUCGAGUCCAUCCUGCACGACGAUGUGUUGUACCCCGUGUGGCUCAGCAACCACGCCGUCAACAUACUCAAGGGCUUCAUGACGAAGAACCCGGCGCGGCGUCUGGGCGUGCUCGGCGGCGGCGGCUCCAUCCGGCAGCACCCCUUCUUCCGCGACAUGGACUGGGACGCCCUGCACGAGCGCCGCCUGCGCCCGCCCUUCCGCCCCCGCUCAAAGAGCAAGAAGGAGGCGGUGAACUUCGACGCGGAGUUCACGAAGGAGGAGCCCGUGCUGACCCCCCUGCCGGCCGACGUGGUGCGCGCCAUCAACCAGGAGGAAUUCCGCGGCUUCUCGUUCGUCAACAAGGACUUCAACCCCGUGGCCUCAUUCGACAAGACGCCGGUCGCCUGAGACCUUAUCACCAACGCAUAAGGUCUACAUUGCCGCGCGUCGCCCUCCAAACGUAGGCUUGUUCAGUGCCAUGUCGUUCUUUAUUUCGCUACGAGUGGUGCGCCAUCCGCAAUGUACUUGGCCAAAUAUAUUGCAAGAUGACGUCAAUAUCAACGGCAGUAAGGAAAAUAUCGGCUGUAUUUGAUCAAACAUUGGUCAUAACAUAUUGGACGAAUGGUGUACCACUUCUGAUAGCCUGUAAGUGCAAUGCCAACACUUGUCUAGUCAACACGAAGUUAAAGUGUGCGGUCGGGCCGCACUGUUCUAGAUCUUGAGCAGUUAAGUAUUAAUGUUGAUCAAAGUAUUAUUUUUUAUCAUGUUUUGUUUCAUACGUGUUUGCGUCUAGUGGCGACCUCUAGCGCGAGCGGAGCGACAAUCUCCCGUUUAGUCAUUUCGCUUUUUUAUUUUAUAUUUUCUUAUUUUUUUUUUAUUGAUCUGAAAGGUGUUUGACGGCGCAUAGACGUUUUAGUUAUAGAAGCAUUCACUCGUCCGGUGAAAGUAAUGUCGGAUGCAAGUUGCGAGGUCUACUGUGAGUUUAUUAUAUCGUAGCGGUUUUAGCUAAUGUAAGGAAUACCUCAACACACCCAUAGGUUCUCAUAGAUGAAGCAUGUUGCCAAAUAUUAGAUUUGAGGGUUAAUUUCCACGAAAAAAACGUAUGAAUUGUUAAUUUCUUAUGAGAUUCUGUCCAUGAUUUUUAUCACAAGCCAGAUGUAUUUUAUCGAGCACUGAUUGUUUGAGUCGACGGGCGGCCCGUGUGAGCCCAGCUUUAGCGUCUCAUGCGACUUCAAGGCUCUAGGGUAUUUAAAUCUAUUGGUCGCUUGCUUUGACAGUAUAGUGGCAGAGCAAGACAGCAAUAGAUUUAAAAACGUUUAAAUGUUUGAUGAAAAUCACUCUAGUGGGCUUGCACGCGGCCGCCGGUGUCGAAACAUACGAGCAACGUAUGUCGUCGCGAGAAUUAGUGUAUUUUCCACUAAAAAACAAAUUUAUUAAACUAUAAAAAAAGAGUUUAUAGCAGUUAACGAUUGUUGUAAAUAUUGAAGAAAAAAUAUUGAAAGAGAGUACCUUUAGUGAAUGUUGAUCGGUGAUUGGGCGAGGCGCCGGCAGCGGGCGCCCGCCGCAAGUAAACCCCAGACGCCAGCCAUGGCGCAGUCGCGAUAGUGGUACGAGCAAAUUUAUUAUAAUAAUGUCGCUGAGAGUGUGUUUGUGUGUGUGUGUGUGAGUGAUUUGUGCGCGUCGGGGCAAAGCAAUCAAUCAAUUUGAAUUUAUAUUGUCUUUACAUUUGAAAGUUGUUUUUUGAACGUUAUAUUUGAAUUUUUGAACACGGUUCUUCCAAGUUUUAAGUUUGUAAGAGUAUGUUUUUUCUAUUUGGAAUAAUUUAAUUAUUUGGAAUGUAAUAAUAAUUAAUCCCGCUUCUAGUCCCUCGUUGUGUAAUACUUUUGUAAAGCAUUUUCCUGCAAUACUCAUAAUAUUAUUAUUUACGAAUCGAUUUAUCGAGGGUUUCGCCGCGUUUUGUUCUCCUGUACUGAGAGUACGGACGUAUUGAGAUUAUGUUGAUCUGCGCACGCUGCAUCCUGUGAUGGAGCACAGUAUUUGUUUAUUUAGUAUUAUUAAACUUAUUUUUAGAUGUACAUUCGUAAAACGUACCAAAGGUGUCUGUUAACAUAUUUUAAAUUAAAUAUAUUUAGUUAAUUUUAGCAAACGUAGUGUAAAAUGUAUUGUUUCAAUUGCGUUGAACAUACCUGGCGCGGCCAUCAUUGCACAAAUGUAAUGCUUUACUUAUGUAGAUGUUAGUGUAAAAUAAUAUAUAUUUAUAUAUAACAUUAUAUACAAACAAUAUUUUACGUGUUCCGACUAUUAAUAUUAUACUGUUACGUUCUGACACCAUUUAUAUAUUUUGUAUUGAAGUUGUUUACCUAACAAAUCCGUAUAUGAAGUAUUAAGUUUUUCGUCGUUUUUCCAGUUGUUUUUUGGAAAUAGUUGGGUGCGUGUACAUAUUGCUGAGUCGUUGGCACUUCGUCUCUGUGUUCUAUGUUAACUCGUGGUAGACAUAGCUUGGUGGUUCGUCCGGUGCUUGGCUUCAACCGCAGGAGUCACCACGUGAUGACAUUCACUGAAUGAACGCGGCAUCUGUCGUUCAAUGUGACAUCUGCGCUUGAACUCAAACACAAUACUAUAAGUAUAUAAAAAAAUAUGAAAAAAGCAGAACCAUUUUAACUCUGAACCGAUUUUAUUUAACGUCAGAGUUAAAACGGCUUCUAAAUAAAGAAUAGUUACUUAUAUAUAUAAUAAAUAUACAUAUAUGUCUUUAAACGUCUCCUUGUUAUGUACUAAUAGAUUGUAAGUUAAAUGUAUGUGCAAAUUUAUUUUUGAUGUGGAUCAUACUAAACAAGUAUAGUGAGUAGUGGACGGGACACUGGGCCUCGGGGAUCUACCUACAUACGUAGCAUUUGUAUGAGGAGACGUGUACAAACUAUUUACUAAGAAACAAAUCAAUAUCUGUACAAUCGCGACGUUUCUUUCUAUCCUAUCUUAGGUCCCUAUUUCUGCAGGCUUCAACUGUGCGCCAUGCCGCCACUAGAAGUAUGUCUGUCUCUCAUACACUCUUGCAAAGGCUCUGGGGGUCACUCUCUAAACAGACAGAACCGCGCGAACGAGACUUGCCGAUUGCCAGACAAUUCUCGAUCGUUCGUCGAUUUAUUUAAGAGUGACCCCGGGGAUGUUGAGACGGCGUGGCGGAUGGCACAUCAAGUCUCGGGCCAGUAAUAUUAUUUAUUGACAUUCUAGUAAUAGUUAGUGUGUGUCGUGUGGCGUGACUUACCGUAUAUAUGCGUGUGUGCGUUUUGUUUCAAUAGCGACGUUCCCGGACUAGGCUGUUCUAAAUGGACGAUUCGCAUUUUGACGUAAACCCUUUUUUAUCCCAAAUUGGCCUACUUCACUGAUAUCACUUAAUUUCUUCUCGUGAACUAUAUAGAAAAAUAUAUAUUGUAUUCUGUACUAAUGCAGUCGGUUGGAAUGGUCUAGUCUGCUUCAGAUGAACGUGACUAACCAAAGACGUAGGCGUUAUAGUAGAUGUUCAGUAACUCCACUCCGUACUUAAUUAAGUUAGUUUGUGUUAUUCGUAGACGCACGGCUGUUCCUUCUCUACACAAUUUGUAAAAACAACAUUUCUUAUGCUUAGGUAAUAAGGUUGGAUGUUGAACGGUACAGUACAUACGUCUACGAGUAGCGGUUUCGUUGUUAGCUGUGAUUUGAUCCUGUUGAAUGUGAGAUGUAAAUGUAUACUUUACCACAGUUGUAUUUGCAAAUUGAAUUUAUAUUAAUUUCUAUUAUGAAUUUUUGGAAAAUGUUUUUAUUUUCUCGUUUUUUCGAUGAUUUUACAUUAUGUAGGUACGAGGACUUUUUAUUGUUAAUAGAUAAUAAAUAAAUUGAAGAGUAGUACAAUUUUGAUCGUAGCAUUGCUGUACAAACCGAGCACAACAUAUAUAGAGCUAUUGAAAUAUUAUAUAUGGAGAUAUAUAUAGAGAAAUUAAGCGCACGCUAAAUAAAAUAGAUUACCUAUAUGAGAAUGUUAUUUCUACUUGAAGAUUAUAAUGAAAUAUGACGGUAACCAGACCAUAGCCUCUGUGAUUCAUUAUUAUAUAUUUAAUUGUUGUUCCUGUUCCCCAGUUUCUGAUUGGCAGACGAGAACAAGUAUAGUAUAAGCUGGUGCUUGUUGAAAUAUGUGUAAGUUAAAUGCCGUUUCAGAAACUGGGGAACGGUUGAAUGGAGACUUUGACUCUAUCAGAUGAAAUUGGAUUUGUAAGAAACUCUGCCUUCAAUUCUAUUGCACUUAAUUCUACUGGGCUUAUUUAUAAUACGGUUUUACGGUAAUUAAAUGUAUACCCGGUACAUUGAAUUGCCUUCGAAUUAGAUACAGCAUGCGGAGUUCGAGUUUUAUGCAGUGAAAAGUAAACGUGAAUUUCUAUGCGCACGGCUGACGCGCGAUUAUCGUUUACUUUACACUGCUUGGACGGUGUACAAUCACUCACACCGCAUGCCGUGUCAUUGGAAGGCAGGUGAGUGUACCGGGUAUCAAUCAGAUAUCAGUCGAUGGUCACUGACCCAUUUGAUCCAUGUCAAAUGUAUAACUGACCUUAACCAUCGCCGUGCGAUGCAAAUGCAAUCCAAAUGGCUCUUUUUAUUUCAUAUGCAUUCACGGUGACAGACCCUAGUCCAGCUCUAGUGUUUGUCACAGACACGCUAAGAACAACACGGGGUCUAAAGUCUCCAUUUUACAUUUGUACUCUUUCAUGUUAUUAGUAUCACCCAGGCAGAGUAAUGAUUGUCCCAAUAGGUUUUGUUUUAAGGAUUAAUUAUACGCUUGUAGUUGAAUGUAAUUCUGUCACCGAUUGUGCCAAAUAUACUGAAAUAGAACGGACGAGGAGCGGCCUCACUGCCAGGUUUACGGCAUUAUUUAUAUAAAAAUGUAUAUAAUUAAUUACAUUGGAGGUCUAUGGAGAUUUAAUGAGGGCUCGAACUUGACUAAAGUUUAUUUCCCACCGGAGAUGAGCAGGGUUGCGCAGUGAAGGACGUUUGAUAUCGGCUGAGGGCGCUUGUUAACGGUCAAGGAUUUAUAAAGACGGGCAACGUGACGGCCUAUACGUAGUGUUGAAUAGUUUCUGUAGGUGGAUGUUAACGUGAUGGAGUUUUGUCGCACGGGCACACCGGCGCAGGCCCGUCGCAUUAACCAACACCGUACACACCUAUUGAACACUGCGUCUCGGCCCGUCAGCCGUUGUGUGAAUCCGGCCGUCAUCGAGGCCUCACAGUGACAUUUUUGAGGAUCCAAAAUUCUCAUUGGUGGAUGUGAAACUCCCGCUGCCCCGCACCCCGCGCCUUCCCCGCUGUGAUCAGAACAUAGUCAAGUUUAUUUAAUCUUUAUAAACAUCCAACAUCAUUUAUUUAAUCAAUCCGUGAGGCCGACAGUGACGCCGCUACGUUUUAUAUUUUUAUCAAAGCUUCCGCACGCGUUUAAAAGUUUGAUACAUCAUCACAUUUUUAUCACACAAAUGGCUAACGAUAUUCAGUCCGAAACGAUGUAAAAUAUUUUAUUCCUUGACCAUGUUAAUUUUGAUGAUGCGAAUGGGAAAAAUCAAUGUCUUUGGCAUUAAGUUAAAAAUAAACUAGCAUGAAAAGUGCUUUCUAUAGUACCAACAUGCUAGCGGCACUGUGUUCGUCGACAAAACCUAGAUAAAGUUAAGAAUUUUUGUCAAAAUACGAUUGCUGGCAAUCGCUACAAUGCUGUCCAAAACAUAACGAAAUGUAAACUUGACGCCAUUUUAAAUUAAACUAACAAUCACGCUACCAGUAACGGAACAUAUCACGCUAUAUUCUGUAUUCUGUUGGAUUAUUGAAUAUUUUAUAAUAAAAUUUAAAGAUAACAUUUACCCCAGUGAAUGUCAUAUAAAAAUGUCCUGUGUAAAACAUAGCACAUACUUACAUGUUAUGUUUAGUUUUUAGAUAAGUACUACAUAUAUUUUUAAUGCUUUUGAAGUAUACUUUUACGCUUCCGAUACAUCGUUUAAGCCAAAGAAAGGAUUAUUUAACACUAGAAAUAUGCAAUGUACAAAUGGCUAUAAGCCCCCCUAUGAGUUUAGUUUUAUAUCAUCUUGCCAAUUGUUAGCUGACAGAACACACAAUGUACUUACAAUGUCUACAGAAACUGAGUGUUGUACGUGGGAUCAUGAUGUGGCUAUCAACUUUUAAUUUAUAUAAAUGCUUUAAAAUGGUUACCGAUACAGAGCCAGUGCCUCGCAGUCGGAGCAUGAUCGUCCCACGUCGGCGACCCGUGUUUUGUAUUUAGUGAUUUAACAGUUGAGUAAAUGAGAUAUAUAUGUGGAGUGAGAGGCGCGGCGGGGUCUGUGCGCCGGAUUCAAUGAGACCAGACCAUUGGAUUACUGUUCGGCGUGCAGAGAGUGUCGCCGCCGCCGCCGCCGCCGCGCCCCUGCACUCGGUUAUUUGUUGUUUGUUCACCAAUCACAAUUAGACACACUUAGCUGAGUAAAUUAACGCAUUAUAAUAUAGUUUUAUGGUGGAAUAAAAUAUGUAUAUGUAAUCCUACAUGUCUAUUAAAUCGAUGAAAAUAGAGUAUA